GAUUAUGAAGAAGAGGAGAAAAAUAGUAAAUGAUGUAUGUACACGCAUCGGUAUUGUGACUAAUAAGACUGAAAUAACCGGUACUCUGGCGUCAAUUUGACAUAUUGUGUAGUGUCGAAGGCCGGCUCUACCAUGUGGAUUAGGCUGUUCAAGUACAUGGCAGGACAGAAUAUUGAGACUGGAAAUCCGAUGACUCUGACUAAAAAUUCGGUUCAUAACAAAUAUUUUCAAUAUCAAAAGACAUUUCAGCGAACUGGCGACGACGCGAGCUUUAUUUUACAUUCCGUUAGAGCAAUGACCGCUCGAAACCCAUAUGCUCGACUGUGGUCAGCUUUUAUUGACAAGUUCUUACUACCCGAUUUUUGGAUGUCGAAAGGAAAACAUAUUAUAAGUUUAAUACGUAAAAAUCCAAAGCCGUUAUCAACUAAAUGUGGUCAUGACGUCACUUUUCCAGAAUUCAUUCAAUACGUGAUCAAAGUUGGACAUCAGUUUACAUAUUGGCAUCAGGACAAACAUUGGUUGCCGGCUAGUGAUAUUUGUGACCCAUGUGCUUUAAAGCCACACAUUAUUGGCAAGCAAGAAUCUUUUUUACGUGACAUGAUAUACAUCCUGAAACAUAUAAGACUAGACUAUCUGUUAACGAAAAUAACGUCUGUUAACCCGACGGAGUUUGAAAUUAAUGAUAUAAUAGACUACAACUUUCAAAUAUUUCAUUGUGUUGAAAAUUGUAUAGAUGUUUAUGAAUUGUGCAAAAGAAUUUGGAAGGCAUUUAUUCUGAAUGGUUACCUUCCAUCAGACGAACCUUUCCCAACAAAUAUUGAUAAGGGCAGCUUAAAUAUAAAGUCAUUUUAUGCGCUUGUCAAAGGCACGCGUGACAAAUAUAACGUUACAAAAGAAGAAUUUAAAGGGAGAAGGAAGCAUGCACUGGUAACAGCGUACAAACAAAUUCCAAGGGCAAACAUGGCAGCAUUAAAGAGAUUGUAUAAAAUGGAUUUUAAAUUCUUUGGUUAUUACUCGGAACCUAAAUUUCUAGACAAAUAACACAUACAGUAAAGAUUGCCUGUCCGUAAUUCAGGGUCGGGUAUAAGAAAUAUUAUCGAUGUAACUUCUUUGGGGCUGUGAUUCAAAUUAAUAGAAAUAUAUGAUAAAUGAAAAUAUGCAUAAACAGGCAAUCACUACGCAGUUCAUGAAAAAAAUUUAAGCUCUUGUUACAUUUCCAAAUAUAAAUAUGAAUAUCAACAAUGAUAUCUUUAAUUAUCAUAUAAAACAAGGACGCAAAAGUAAGGUAAUUUUAAGCCACCGCUGUAUUAUGGUUGGAAGGGAGAUAAAUGAGUUAUACAGGAAGUUGACACUAUGGUUAGAGACCAUCAAUUGUUUUCCCUUCGACCAACAGUAUAACAUUAUGGCGUGUACGGCCUUCCAUAAAUCGGAUCAUGUAUAUCUAAUUACAUUUCUAUCUUAGUUCUAUCAAAAUAUCGGACGAAAAACAUAUGAAUAGUGGUACUUUAUUUAAGUAAUUUUCGUGUGAAUGAGAUGACCCCUGUUUACAUCGUUGCUUGAAGUUGGCAUG